AUGCCAAGACGGGUGCGGGUUCGAGCGGCGAGUGCCCGUGGCCCCGGGCCGCCUUUCGCCGGUACGAGAGCGGCACCUGGUGGUGAAAGUGGACGCUUGACGGAUCACCGCCAUCCGCCUCCGAGCGGCAGGCGCGCUCACCUGAUUUCACUGGCCUUCGCUGCCCCAGGUUCGAAGCCGACGGGGAACUGUUUCGAGAACUCG